UCCUGGUCUGUUUCUUAUAUUUUCAAAUUGAAUGCUUAUCACAUGAUGGAUGGUGUGUGUUGAAACAGCAGGUCUACACGUAUCUGAUUUUGUUCGCUCAUCUUGUUCUGAAUAUUGAAUCUGGGACCAUCCACGAGUGAAUAAAUCAAAGACAAAGAUUAAUCGGAGGUCACAGAAAUAAAAAGAGAACACUGCAAAAAAACUUCAAGAGAACAUGAAGCGGGCUCAACAAGGUUUCAAAGCAUAUGCUGAUCGAGGACGAAGAGGGGAUCCAAAAUUCAAGGUGGGUGACCUGGUGUGGCUGUCAACUGUUUACCUCAAGCUUUCCUGUCCCAGUGGGAAGUUGGGUCAACGUUUCUUGGGCCCUUUUCCCAUCAUUCGUCAAAUCAAUUCUGUGGCGUUCCAGCUUAAACUUCCGGCAUCCUGGCACAUUCAUCCAGUGUUUCAUACAGCACUUUUGAAACCGGCCUCAACGUUUCGAUUUCCUGGACGUACGGCUCCUCCUCCGCUUCCUGUCGUGGUGGAUGGUCAGGAAGAAUUCGAGGUUGAAGAGAUCUUGGAUUCCAGGUUGAGAGGUAAACGUCUUCAGUACCUAGUUAAGUGGAAAGGCUUUGGUCUGGAAGAGAAUUCGUGGGAACCAGUGUCUAACAUUCACACUUCUGAUUUGUUGGAAAAAUUCCAUGGAACCUAUCCUGGUAAACCUUCUGGUGGUCGCGUCCUGAGGCCGCUCCUUGAUGGGGGGCAAUGUGAGGAUUCGGGUCUGCGUUCUUGCCGGCGCAGGCGCGUUAGUGCACGUCGGCGUGUGACGCUGGGCGCUGGCGACGGUCGCGGGGGCGGAGGUGCCGGCGACGGUCGCCAACGCAAAGACGCGGACGCGAGCACCUGAGACGGAUGUGACGUCAGCACGGCGACGCCGGCGGAAUGACGCCAGUUGGCGCCAAAUUGACAUUAUUUAAACCUGGUUCUGUUUGAGAUGCAUUGCCUGGUUAUUAGGUUUUUUAACUGAAACCCUAGCGUCUCUUCUCUUGUGAUUUCCUGUUG